GCUUUGCCGGAAGCGCGGGAGUCUUGGUUUGUCGUGGUUUUAGGCAGCUGUGCUGUAUUACCGUUAGAGGCUCCAUUUCCCUGAGACUUUUACGGCCAUUUGCGGUGAAAUGGCUCCGGGCUAGACAGGAGCAGGCAGUGGCAAUGCAGGAGCCGCCGCGACCUCUGGUUGCCCCCAGGGAAGGAGCCUGAGGGCCCUCUGAAUCGUUUGGGCCUGUGCGUUUUGCCUUUGCAGUGACACUGCCUACCGCGAAGAUGAGCCUGGCCUGGGUCACCUCUUUCGAGAAGGCGCAUCUCUGGAUGUUUCUGCAGGCGCUUGGCUUCGAGCCAGGCCCGGCGACCAUUGCCUGUGGAAAGAUUGUAUCGCACACGCACCUCGGAGUGAACAUGUUUGACAAGCUGAACCGUGAUGCCUUUCACAUAGUUUCUUAUUUUUUAUUUCAAAUGCUGGACCAGUCUCUCACCAAAGAAGUUUUCAAACUUUGUUGGCCUCCAUUUGACCAAAAAACUGAUGCUGAAUUCCGGAAACAUUGCUGUGAAUGGUUAAAAAAGAUUUCUGCUGAAUGUGGAAGUAGCUUUCCUCAGGUUGUUGGUUCACUAUUUCUUUCUCCUGGUGGUCCUAAGUUUAUUCAUCUGAUGUAUCAUUUUGCACGAUUUGUUGCAAUAAAAUAUAUAAAAACUCAUUCUAAAGAUUCAUCCAUACAUUUUACAGAGACAUUUAAUAUAAAGCCACAAGAUUUGCACAAAUGCAUUGCCAGGUGCCAUGUAGCACGUAACAGAUUUUUACGUAUUUUACAAAGAGAAGAUUUGGUCUCCCGAAAAUAUCAGGAAAAUGCACGAUUGUCAGUUAAACAAGUACGAAUUUUGAGAUCAGAAUAUAUCGGACAUCAAAACCAAAUAAAAAAAAUGGAACCUUAUGAUGACCAAAGUAAUAUACAAGAGAAAAUUGAAAAGGUUCGGUCUUUGUGGGCUUCAGUGAAUGAAACACUCACGUUUUUGGAAAAUGAGAGAGAAGUUGUUAGUUCAGUCCUUAGUCUUGUUAACGAAUAUACUUUAGAUGGAACUAAUAUUACUAUCAAUGUUCCAGGGCUCUUACUCGACAAAAUUGAGAAACAAAUGUGUCAGUUGCACAUAGGAAAUGUUUAUGAGGCUGGAAAAUUGAACUUCUUAACAGUUAUUCAGUUAUUAAAUGAAGUCUUGAAAGUAAUGAAAUAUGAACAUUGUCAAGCUGACCAAGCAAAACUGACAAUAGACCUUCGCUUCCUUGAAAAAGAGACCAAAUUUCAGAGAGAAAGAUUAUCGGAUCUGAAGCACAUGAGGCGUAAAUUAAAAGAAGAUCUUACAACUGUAAGACAUUCUAUUAUUGAAAAACAAGAAGAAUGGCAUAAAAAGUGGCACGAAUUUCUUGGUCUGUCUCCUUUCAGUCUAAUUAAAGAUUGGACUCCUGCUGUGGAUCUUUUGCCACCUAUGUCUCCCCUUUCAUUUGAUCCUGCCUCAGAAGAAGCAUAUGCAAGAAGUAUUCUUUUGCAGUAUCCUGCUUCACUUCCAGAUACAUCUAAGCAACAUAACCAGGAAAACUAUUGCAGAGGAGCCAGUGAUAUACUAGGAACUGCAUAUGAUCCAGCCAACAGCCCUGCUUCUUUCUCAUUGCAGCCAGUGUCGUCAUCAGAUGGAGACAGUAUUACACUAUUUGAAAAGGAUGUGAAGAUGAGAACACCUAGAGAGAAAAAUGAAACAAUUUCUAAGAAAACACCAGAAUUUGAAGUGGAAGACUUUCCAUCAUUAAAUAUUGCAAAGAAUACAGAGAGUAGUACAUUUGCAGGGCCUCUGCCAGUUAAAAAAAGUGAUCCAUUCCAAAAAGAGCAAGAUCACCUGGCAGAAGAGGUUGCAAGGACAGUUUUAUCUGAUUCACCACAGCCCUCUAUGGGAGAAGAAAUAAAAUUAGAGGAACUAAUUGACUCUCUAGUUGCAAAUCCAUUCUUAACAAGGAGCCAAAUUCCCCGAACUCCAGAAAACUUGAUAAGUGAUAUUAGGAGCUCCUGGAGAAGAGCUGUUGAAAUGGAAGAUAACAGAAGUACAGAAGCAAUUCAGAUGGAUACUGAACAUAGAGAAGUGUUGCCAGAAUCUUUACCUGCGUUGCAUAAUCAAAAAGAAUUUAGCAUGGCCAGUUUUUUCUCAACAACCUCUGAAUCUGAUUGUAGCCAUUCUCAUUUGCCUGAAGAGAAAGUUGUUUCAGAUUACCUCAAGUGGGUGCCUCAGAAACAUGUGGUGACCAGUCACAUAGAUGAACCAACAACACAAAAUUGGUUAGAUUUGUUAAAUAAGAAAAUAAUCUGCAAGCAAGAUUCGGAGUAUACAGCUUUACAUAACAAGCUUUUAGAAACUAGCCAAAUAGAGACAUUCUCCCCUGCUGUAAGCAAUAGGAGAGAUGUGAUAGGUAGCAGUGAAGGUGAGUGUAUUAAAAUACCGGACUACUUGCAAACUUCUCACCAAGAACCUUCCAUGCAUAAAAGUAUGUUAUGGAACUCUUUUCAUAUGGCAAGUGGAAUUAAUUCCAGCAGUUUUAAGGAUAUUGAUUUUGGCAUAUUACAUGAAACUCUUCCGGAAGAAGUUGGUCACUUAAGUCUUAAUAGCUCCAGUAGUACAGAGUCCAAUUUUAAACUGGAACCAAAUACUCCUGCGCACACUGGCAUUUUUACAGAAGAUGUGGGAGAAAGACAGACUACUCCAAAAUCAGACCUCAGGUUACAGGCUAUUUGCAGUAGAUAUGAGGCUCUAAAAAAAUCUCUGUCCAAGAAAAGGGAAGAAACUUACCUCUCUAAUUCUGAAACACCUGAAGGACACAAACCAGAAUUGAGUCCUACUCUACAAAACAUGCAAACCGAUGAUAUGUUUAACUUUUUGGACACUCAUGACUUGCACAUUGACUGUACAAAACCAUCUUUACGCAUGUCCCUUGGUGAAAGAAAACGGUCUCUUUCACCACUAAUUAAGUUUUCUCCAGUAGAACAAAGAUUGAGGACCCCAAUACCAUGUAGUCUUGGAGAACUUCUACCUAAUUUAAAAGAAGAAGAAAUCUUGAAUAAGAGCUUUGAUGCAAAAGAAUCUCCGACUUGAAAAGAUGGAGCAGUAGCCCAGUUAAUUUGACUAUGAUGCACUUCAUUUGAAGCAAGCUGAUUCAAAAACUGAUUUGUAAUUUAAAUACACAUUGGAAGUGUAACAUUUUCAAGGUCUGAAAAGUCUUAAACAAUGCCUUUUAGCUUCCUCUAAUGUUUUUAGUUAAGAAGUGCAUGUUUGGAUUUUCUGUUUGUAUGAAUAUGGUGUUAAAAAGUGGAGUAUUUGGAAAGCAACAUGAGUUAAUAUGUAGCCGUUUUGAUUUCUUGAAUAAUCUUGUAAGCAUUAAAGGGCAAAGUAGUAGUUUAAUUUAUUAUGUUUUAAUUUUAGUUAAUUAACAGAAGGAUGAGUAGUUUUUGAUGUACUUUUAUGAAGUGGUUAACAUAAUAGCCAUUGAAUACACUGAUCUUUCAUUUUAGGGAAACAUACAACUUUUAUUGUUUCUUAAUGGAACAUUCUGGUACUAACCAAAAAAAGUGAGAAAACUAGUGCCUUGAGAUGUGUAGUCAAAAUGACAAAGUUUGGGAAAGCUCUGAACAGGCUGAAUGAUUCAAGUAGGUUGCUCCUGAAAAGUGAUAUUUGAUGGAAUAAAGUGCAUGUGAUAAGUGAAGACGGGAAGAAAGGAUUUAGGAAAAGGAAAAAGAAGAUGACUAGACACUUUUAAGGAACACUAUUGAACUAUAAAAUCCAUUUAGUGGGUUGUAUAGCAGAAUUAUAUUUAGUCUAAUUUAGACUUUGAGAACUUAAUUUAACCCUAGUUUUAUAUUUUAACAGAAAAAAUGUAAAUUAAUAAAUUUAUGUCUGUGUUUAUUGUUGUUUUCUUGGGGGGGCACUAUUUUAGAGGAAAGGAGCUAAUUUUGAUUAUAUUACUUUCCUCAGAAACUAUCAGCUUCCCACGGCCUACAGAAUAGCCUCAAAAUAACUUGAGAAAACUGAAUUUUGGGUUAAGGGACUUGUUCAGUGUUACACAGCUAAGUCAGUGGUGCAACUAGGGUUUGAUCCUAUUUUCCUUCCUUAAUAAACCACAAGACCCCCUAGAACAGGGGUGUCCAAACUGCGGCCCGCGGGCCAUUGUUAAUUGGCCCGCAGCAAAUUCCAAAAAUAUAUUUAGUUUACUUAAAUAAACCAGGUGAGGCAAUAGGUACUUCACCUCGAGUGAGUGGCCCGGCUGUUUGGGUAUUUUACCGCAUAUGGCCCAAAACAUUGAAAAAAGUUUGGACACCCCUACCCUAGAAAUAACUAAAAGGCCAGGACAACAGACUAUGGCUGCAGGAGUGGGCCUCCUGUUCAUCUUCUAGACUCUGUGGGAGUCAGAUGUGAGGCCUCUUGCACAGUAUUCUGUCUCACUCAGUCAUGGCCGCUGGCCAAGAAACGGGCUUGUCGCUAGCAUCCAAAUGAGUACAUGCCAUGGCCCUCUGUGAACCAGGAGAAAUGAGCAUACACUGGAAGGGUGAUAGCACCUACAGUACCCCUCUGUCUAGACCCAACUCUUAACCAUCAAAACCUUGUUCAUUUGCCAAGAAAGUGGCAAGGAGAAAAGGGGUGAGUUCUGUAUGUGGAUAGCCUUCAUAGUUCAUCUUUCUUCAUUACUUUUUCUUAAGUUGUUUGUUCAGUCCCGGUUUGAAGGCCAGUCUUUUUGUGAGAAAACACAUCAGAAAAAACACAUACUUACAAUAGAAAAGAAAGGGGAAAAGCCUUUCCUAAGGUGCUAUAUUCCUUUGUUAACAAAAAAGGGACUCCGCAGGUUAACUGGGAAACUAUUCUCUAGUCUGCCUUAAGAAAACUCAGUAUCUACGAAUCCAAAAUGAACAUUUUUAGGGAGGAGGUAGGGCUGUCAUUAGCAUCUACAGAGUGUCAGGGCCAUUCCUAGCCACUUUAUAUAGUUUCAUUUAAGUCUUAAGUGUAAGAUAGUGAUUAUUAUACCUAUUUUACAAAUGAUACUGAAUGAAGCUAGGAAACCUAAAUGACUUGUCUAAGUUGGACUCAAGGAAUCAUCUGGGAUACGUCUUAAUAUAGAUGCCAUAGGUCUAAAAUGGGGAUUAGGGAUCUGCAUUUUAAAUAUGCUUCCCUGGUAAUUAUGAGACAAUAUAAAGCUUAAGAACCACUGCUAGGGGAUAUUCACAUUUAGCCCUAGGUACGGUACCUUAAAGAAGCUGGUACACUAGUGCUGAUAAACUAUAGAGGUCAUCAUCUGAUAAGGAAGCUCAAGUUCACCAGUAAGUGUGGGAGGCCGUUAAUUACUGAGAAACCAAAUAUCAAAAUCUCUGGACACUGCAUUUACAAAAAUCACAUCCUUCUUAAGUGAGUUACACCUGUGAUAGGCUGAAAGUUAGGCAGUUUCAUGUCCUUAUGUCCUUUGCCUGCCAGUAGUAUAAACAAAAAUAUCUCACUUUCUCCUCAACCAUUUUAUGACCUGUCUUUAGUCUUCCCUAUCCAGUAUUGCCUGCAUACCUGCCUUAUGACUUUAAGUGUCUGUCACUUUUUUUAAAUUUUAAAAAAAUUCCAUUAAUUCCAUUGUCAAUUCCAGAACAGAGUUCAAAUAUAAAGGCGUAUGAGGCCCCCUUCAUAGAUUUCCUCUAUUCCCCCUUCCACUACGAUCUCCCACUUUCUAUUGAAAUGCAUUGGUGAGCAUGGGUCUUUAGAAAUCUUAAUUCACAAUUUUGAAGCUGGAAUACUUUAAGUUGGUCUCCCAGCUUAUCACAGUUAUACCUGUCCCUUAAGGCUGAGGCUCAGAACAAAUCUCACUUCAACUUUUAAGUCUUAAUUUACCCUUUCCAUGUCCAUGGGCCUAUCCGUACUCGGAAAUCCAUGGUUUAUCUUUUAUUCAUUUAGUAUUUUUCAUUUAUUGCUUUUAUCGUAUUUUUUCAUGGUUGUAAAUGCUCUCGUUACACCAAUUACACACACACACACCUAUGUAGAUGUGUCGGGUGUGUGUCUGCACAUAAUCCAAGCAAAUAAAUAUUGAAGUAUUGGAAUUGUUUUCUUUGCCUCUAAUGUGAUGGAAUUAAAGUAAUGGUAGAGGGUUACUUUAAUACUGUAAAUGUACCUUUUUUCUCAUUACAUUCAUAGAUUACACAGAAUGUACCUUGUUUUAUUCACUAUUUGUAAAAUAAAGUUAUGUAAACGGCUUCUAUGUCAAUUAGAAACUUCAGAUAAUGCCAAAAUGUCCUAGUUAUUUUUAGUGUUUAAAGAGGACAAGCAUGUAAUGUUACUUAACAUGAAAAAUGUUAUCAAAUGGAAUAAAGAAUAUUUGAGGUUAAAGAAAAACAUAUGCAGGUAAUUUAACUGAAAACAAAAAUACAAGUAUUUUGAAACCAUUCUUUACCAUGAUUUCCUUAACCAUGAUCUCUGAAGUCAAACUUGAAAGAAGAAACGAAUUUUUGAGAUCUUAUAAAAGGAAACCCUAUUUUUUCUGAGUAUACUAAAAUUAAAGGAAAUAUGUUUAAGGACAUUUUCCUCAAUGUAAGGCAAGUAUUUGCUAAAGUAAAAUUCUCUUUUCACAUUAAUUGCAGAUACAUAGUUACUCUUUCACCUCAUGCACUGUGAAUGUCAAGUCUACAUCCUAAAUUUAAAAUAUCUGAGUCCUCUGUGGGACUAUUUGUAAAUAUGUUCUACCUACUCCAGUAUUGAAUAAACAUUCAAUAUACCACCUGGCUCUGGAAUUUCCUAUAUAUCAAAAAGAACCAUGUCUUGCAAAUCAUAAAAUGAUCACAGAAAGUUGUAUCAGUAACUUGAUCAACAAAUUUGUGCGCUUCAGUGAUUCAGGUGUUUUGUUACUGCCAUUUUAAUCACUAGAUUUAUUAAACGUAUUUUAGAAAGUACAUCGAUACUUCAGAGUUUUUUCAUCUGGAGUUUUUAUACUAAUUGCCAAAGGCCCUAAUCAGACGAGUUUAGUAACUUACAUCUGGUUAGCUUGUUCUUCAUGGGUAGGGAUGCUGUCAUCCACAACUGCUAUUUUAAAGGGUUUAAAAAAUAUUAACUAUAAAGCCUUGGAAAUUCUAAAGUUCUAUCACAUAUUUAAUGUCUGUUUACAAAGCUGAUGUCUCAUUUGUAAAAAGAGAUAAGAGGAGUUGAUCAGGUUACUUGGCUCUAAAACAUUGCAUUUAAAAUAAUCUUUUAAGGCAGCUGGAAAGGAACAUUUUAGGUCUUCCUGAUUUUACUAUACCACUGUUCCAAUCCAAAUUAGGAAUCUUAGAAUCCUUCCCCCAAAGUAGGUAGUCCAAGAAUCUGAUUCAAUAUUAUCCAAUUUCUAGAUAAAUACAGACAGGAAAGUGAUCUUGUGCAGAGUGAGUGAAACACUGAAGGAAGUCAUUUAACUUCCUGGGCUUCAGUUUAGCUCCAUCUGUAAAAUUACGGGAAUUAUAUCAAGUAAUAAUGUACACCUAAAAAAACUAGGAUUUUAUGGUUAAGUUUUCUGUCAGUGGAGUAGGUAGUGGGUUGUGGGGGUGGGCAGAGAAGGGGGCGACACCUGUAAUAUUGCCUAGGUUCAGCUGCAUGAUCUUAAUUUGGUCAUACCAGUUUUCUCAUCUAUUAAAAGUAAUAUACCUCAUAAAUUAGGAUUAAAUAAGAAAACGCACAUCAAGUAUUUAAGAAUACCUGGCAUUUAAGAAGGGCUCAAAUAUUUAGGCUCCAUGUCCAGUAAUUUUGGAGGAGGGGGAAAGAAUGGCUCAAUAGGUAGUAGUGACAGCUGGUAACACUACUACGUGCCACUUACAACUGUUUCCAUGCUUUAAUUCAAUCCUUUUACUAGUCCUAUUUGGUAGUGCUAUUCUUAUCCAUGUUUUACAAAUGAGUAAACUACCUUUCCCAGUUCACAGGGCUAGUAAGUGAAGAGACUAGAAUACUAACUCUGAGCUCAGGUGGUGUACUUCAAAACCCAUACUCUUAACCACUCUGCACAGCUGCUAU